AUGGCAGAAAGAUUUGCAAGCGAGAAGAAUCAGAUGCUUCCAGCUCUUUCGAGAGAAACAACACAUGGCAAGGCAUCUAACAUCAGAGCCAGGCCAACACAGAAAAAUACGUCUUCGGGGAUCAAACUCCCAUCAUGUCCUAAUAAUCGGAUCCCAAUGCUUACCACAAAACCCUCGGAAAAGGUGAAUUUCAUUAGAGCACCCCCAGCAGAACAAUUUGUGAACGUUCCUUCUGGAGUGAAAUUUCCAGUGAGUCCUAAACAACCUGUCCAGUUCUGUACCACCAAGCUCUCGGAAAAGCUUUAUAAGCCAAGUCCAUCAUUUGACCUUGAGGAUCCAUAUUGUCGUUUGAUGAGGACAACCUACAAUAACCUGCAUGACCCAUGCUUAAAAGAAUAUUACCAGAGUAAAAUCCCUCGACAACGGAUACGUCAGCAGGGAUUUAUCACCAGCGAUGAUAAGGUUGUUUGCUCUUUAAAAGACUAUAACGAGUACAGGGAGUACCUCUCAAGCAUUCAUAGAAAGAAAAUGAAAAAAAAGUUAGAGAAACAAGAUAGAGAAAAUUCGUCUUCGACCAAUGAUAAUCCCAAGCGCUUCAUCGAUUAUGUGUUCCUAAGGUGGAAAGGCGAUAACCAGUUCAUCUCAAACAUGAUGGAGACCAUCAACAGGGCACCUACACCGGUCAAAAUAACGAUGACAGCCAGCCAAGAGAAUGUACAAACUGCAUGA